AUGGCCGCUACUAAAAGCUUUCAUCGUCACAGCGUGGCUGGGUCUUCCCACGACGCUGUUGCCGUGAAUGACAUACCAGUGAACUUCAAAUCGACUUUGCCACCUAGAAAACGAGCGAAGACAAAGGAGGAGAAAGAGCAGAGACGUAUCGAGCGGAUACUGCGGAACAGACGCGCGGCUCACCAGAGUCGUGAGAAAAAGAGGCUGCAUUUGCAGCAUUUGGAACGGAAAGCGGCGUUGCUGGAGGAAAUCCUGAGCUCGCCAGACGUGGCGCAGCUUGUGAAAAACGACAGCUCCCUACGCAGCAUAUUCGACGAGUACCAGGUUCUGGCGUCCCAGGCGGAUGAGGAUGGCAGUUUUGCCGUGCACGAAAGUCCCGAUAGCGCCACUAAUGGCCAGCGGACCCCAGAAUCGAUGUCGUACUCACUGUCGUCGUCGUCCAAGCUCACAUCGCGCUCGAAUUCCCUUGUUUCGUCGCCCUUACGCGUCGUAGAUGAAGACAAAACCAGAAACGCUCAGCAACCGCGGGCCAUGGACAAUCUUCUGGAGCCGGUUCCAGAAAGCCCAACUGUUGCCAGUGUUUCCUUCGACUCUCUGCUCUCUGGCGACUUGGGGGAAAAUAAAUCCCUCUGUCUACUUCCACCACGCACCUCUGUGGCCGAUCCCAACAAUUGGAAUCUGCUGCUGACCGACAACCACGACGAACUCGUCGCACACUCCCACGACGAAGGCGAGUACCCUGUCCUCGACAUGACUGAUAACUCCUGGGGCCUUGACCCAUUGCGUAAUCCAGCCGUGAUUAAGCUUAUUAGAUGA